AUGAAGUUCUUCAUCUUGAUUCCACUCGUCUUCCUGCUCAUCAAUGUCGUGGAUGCUCAAAAGUGUGAUUUAAAGAACGAGUGCCCACCGAGUCUCCAUUGUUACUAUGGAAAAUGUAUUUUUCUUUUCGGAAAUCCCACAUCGGGAUUGACUAGUGAUCACCAUGCUGCUCCAGAAGAUUCCAUGACCCCCGUCCUGGCCACCGAUGACUUCUCCACCACCUGCUUCCCUAGAUGCCCAUCAAGGACCCAUAUCUGCUACAAGGGAAAAUGUGUGCUUCUGGAGAAAAAGUUCAACUCGAAACGCCGCUGGUCCAUGUGUACUUCUGAAUACGACUGCCCGUUGUUCAAUUGUUGUCUCGCUGGUUAUUGUGUCAGUCUUGGUAAACUCAAUAAGUGA